AUGUCGCGCAACGCCGGUAGCGAUGCAUGGCCCUCUCCGCAGGCAGUUCAGGAGAGGGGCUCGUUACGUACGCUUGAGAAAGGGAAAAGUCAAUUCAUUGGUAGCUCGAGCGGCAUUUACUUUGUGAAUACCGUCCGGAAGGCUUUCUCAGCUUCCAAUAAUAAUAGUCUCUUAUUCGACACAACGCAUCCAACUCCCGAGGAUUGCAUCAUUGUUGAUGAGGAGGAUGACAAUAGGGCUUCUACGACAACCUCUGCACCGUCUUCUCCAUCUCUCUCUCGCUCCUAUGGCCCUGAAAUUCCUACUGAACUUGGUCAUCCACCCCAGUCAGACGUUGCAAAGGGCCUUUUCAUGAUAUAUUUCCAGACAUGGCACCGCUUUUUCCCUUUUUUGCACGGCCCAACUGUUCUCAAAGAUAUGGAAGAUCUCUACAGCCCAUCAAGACCUUCAUUGAGUCUCCCCAAAGUCAUCAUCCUGCAGUCCAUCUUUAAUCUGGCAAGCCUGCAUGGUAAUGAUUUAUUACCCGCCGUUUCCCGUAUCAAGAAGCCCGCCGAUGUGCUUGCUUGUCUUCCCGGUCUUGCAGUCAAAGGAGAUCUUGUUUCAAUCCAAGCCCUAUUUGCUUCUGAGUUGCUCUUAGUCGCUCGCAUGUCACUUCGUACAGCUGCGGCUGUCGGUGGCCUCUUGUCCCGCGCCAUCUUUCUAGCUGGCCUUCACCGCUGUCCGUGCCGUUAUGCACAGCUUUCGACUGAUGAAUGUGAUAUCAGAAAACGAUUGUUCUGGAGUAUCUACGUCCUUGACCGCUACCUUUCACAGGCCUUGGGGCACCCAUUAGGAAUCCAGGACUCCGAUGUGGAUGUUUGCCCUCUAAUGGGACCUGAGCUUCAUCACCCUCAACUCCAACCAACAACUCCUUUCAAGCUUGUUGAAGCCGGCUUGAGUGUAUCACCUUUUUCUGGCACUCUUGCAGACUCUUCGAGCUCGGACAGUGACCCGAAGCACGACCGUCAUUUAAUCUUAUCCUUCCAAGUCGAGUACUCACGCCUUCUUGGGCGAGCUCUUGAACUCUUUCACAAGUCACUCCACAUUCGAUCUAUAAAUCCUAGCUCAAUACUCUCACUUCGUACCGACAUUAACGCAUGGUGGAAUGCCCUUCCAUCAUCCUUCCAAGAGUAUCAACAUACUUCACAGACCGACACCAUCGGAAAUCAAAGUCAAGAGUUCAACGAAUCGGCGUAUUUCAUUUUGCUCCACAGCCAAUUAGUACUUCUCAGCUAUCGUCCAUGGCUAUCUCUCGAGCCGGUCUCCCCAGAGUUCCAGGCUGCACUGCAAAUAUGUAUCAGUGAAGCGCGUGAGAUUAUCAAUAUCAUAAACAAGCAACGCAUUGGUGGAUAUGCAUUGUUUUGGCCCGGUCAUCUCUCUGCUACGUGGAUGGCUGGUAUUGUGCUAGCCUUUGCAUGCCACCUACGGUUCUAUCCACUGGACAAAGGCAAGAGGGAAAUCGGCAUGUGCUUGGAUGUCCUUCUGGCUAUGUCAAAACAAUGGAAGGUUGCAAAGAAUUGUCACGCAGUUCUUUCUGAUCUUAAAAGGGCUUUUAACGAAACAACGCGCCUUGUAGCGAAACAUCCGUUGAAUAUAUCGGGUUCCCUAUCGAAUCCUGUGUCCCAAGGCUUUGUCGAGCAAGACAUUGUAGGAGGCCGAUUAUCUACUGAUAACUCUCAACAGGGGCCACGAAAACGAACAAGGCUUGAUUCAGGUACCACUAACUACCCUGACUUGGGACCAAGAUCGACGGAAAACACCAAUGGGCCAGAACAAGCUGCUAUCCAACACCCGGAAACACUUCCCUCUGGAUCACGAAGUUAUAGCGGGUUGGAUGAUUUUGGAGGUUCCGCUUUCACGACAGAUAAUCCGAGUGGACUGGGUAAUUGGGAUAGUGGAAUGCCUGACCUAUUGGCUGGCAUUACAUGGGAAUCGCUGCUGGCAGGUGUUAACUAUGACGACUGUUUCUAG